AGCGUUUAUGGGUUGCAAAAAUUCUUCAUCAAUCUCCUCCUCUUCAUCCGCCGCAGCCGUGUUCGAAUUCCAGCCGCAAUUGUUUUCAUCUCAGCCGCCCUACCAGACUUUGUUAAUUUCGCCGGCUUCAUUAACUCCCUGGAUAGGAGACCUCCUGUUUCGCAUUCCUUAAUAUUCACAAUCCAUAACUUGUUUUUAACGGAUCGUUAAGGAAAUUAAUCAGAAAGAAGCUGCCUAUUGAAUAAAAGUGUGGGGAUUGAAGGGAAGGGGGAAGCACCCGGGCACUAUGCAUGAAUGAUUUCCACAUCUUCUAUGUGCUCCCAAAGAUUGAUGCUUCUGCAAGUGUAAAAAUCCCCUUGCAUAAAAAGGAUAUCGUCCAUGAGGGCUAACACUUCUGGUUGGGCUGCACUUGUCCAAAAGCAAAGACAGAAUCAACAAGGCAUUGAACCCCAGCUCGAAAGUGAACCUUUCCCUCCUUUAUCACUCUCCAAUACUCUCUCAACAAAGAAUACUGAUACUAUAUUGGAGAAGCCUUUUUCUUCUGUGCUCUUGCCUUCUCCAAAUCUUUCAUCCUUGGAGCAAAAUAAGUAUCCAAAAAAUAAGCAAUCAAGUGCUGGGCAUUUCAAUUCCAGCGAAGGGACUAAAUUUUUAAAAAAUGGGGAUGAUGUUGAUUCAUAUCAAAUUAUUAAAGAGCUUCACUCGUGGGCAGAUGAAAGCUUGAUCAAAGAUGUUAUGGCUGGGGUAAACAAUGAAUUUGCUCAGGCUAUGAAGAUAUUGGAAGAUAUGGUGUCUCUGGAUCAGACAGUUGUCUUACAUGACGAUUCAGAAGCCAAGAAACCUGAUAUUAACAAAAUCUCAAAUGCAGAUGAAUUAUCAUUUCCUUGUGUUCAAAAGAUCAAGGAAGAGAAAGAUAGAAAAGGUAAAGAAGUCAAUGAAGAUGAUUUAUCUGGAGAGAAUGUGAAUUUGGAAGAAUUGAACAAUGCUAUAAAUAAGUGUUUGAAUAUUAGUAGCAAAAACUUAAUCAAUUACCCUGCUUCUUGCAUGGACAAGCUUCACGGCAAUGCAUCAAUUGGAUUUUUUAGAUUUGUACCCAUUGAACCUGAAUUAUGGGAAGAAGACGAUAUAUACUCAUUUCAAAGAAAGGACGCCAUCAGGAUGAUGAGUGAAAGCUCAAGAGGAAUGGUUAGCUGCCGGGGAGUUGAAUACAAAGGCAGCAAAGGAAAUUCUAAGAGUCCAGAACAGUAAAAAUGAUGAGUGGACUCUUGACUUGCACGGUCUUCAUUCGACCGAAGCAGUUGCAGCCUUGCAAGAACACUUGAAAAAGAUUGAAUCCCAAGUUUCAGUCAAUCAUUCAGUAUUUCAAAGAGGAGUAAACGGUGAGAUGGAAUCCACUUUGUAUCUUUUGCACUCGAAUGGUUUUGAUGCUGAAAGUUCAACAAAGAGGCUACAACAAGCUUCCAAACAGCGACCAUCUAUUCUUCAUGUCAUUACAGGUAAAGGUAAUCAUUGCCGGGGAGAGGCUGCACUUCCAAUAGUCAUCAGAAGCUUUUUAGCUGACAAUGGGUAUCGUUUCGAUGAAAUCAGGCCUGGGGUGAUUGCAGUGCGCCCUAAGUUCCGACCACAAUGAACCUAUCUAUGGAAGAUGAGAACAGAGUGUGAUAUAAUUGCACGUGUUUAUGUGGCACCAACAUAGAUGAAUUUUAUACGUUUGGUGUGGUGGGAAGCUUGGUGGUUCCCCUACGGCUCCCCCUUUUCCCAAUUCCCAUACCAAGGAAGAUCAGAGGAGCUAGAGUUUCAAUAUUUCAACUCCAAAUUUCAACUUGUCUCGUGUAAUCUCUACUCUUAUCUCUUUACAUUUGUUCAUCAUGUUUUGUAGAUAAAACACUCACCCAAAAUUAGGGAUGGCGCCAUUGUAAUCUCCAUUAGACUUUGAUUAUGAGUUCAAGUAUAUUACAAAUUGUUCUUGUUUGUUUCGCUUUGAUUGUAUGACCAUAUUAGCAUCAUUGAUAGUCUAUGAAAGAUCAAUAACUCUACUUGAUUAGC